CGGGACAACUUCCCGGAUGUCAGUGUGGCAGACGACAAGGGCUGGACUGGUCACGUGACUGGGAUUUCCAAGGAUCUGCACUUCCCGAAAACAGUAAUCAGAUUACUGAUUAUUAUGAACUGUGGCUAUCAGGUAUCCCCAGACACAUCUUUGUAGUCACGGAGGCAACUUUGAUCAGUAGCGAUCGCUGAUAUUACCGACAUUAAGUUCGUGAGGACACUUUCAGUCGGACACCAGCGAUGGCAGCACGUCGACGGUCUUCGCAAAUCGCUCUCAGGAACCAGACAUUGAGGCUACUGGAAACUCCUCUUGAAGACACCGACACGCCUCAGUUCACAUACAGCGAUGCCAAGACUCUGGGCACUGACACUGACAGCGCGUGGCAAAGGUGGAGAGACAAGGAGGAUAGUGAUGCUGGGGUGUCAGACGAUCCAGACACUAAGACUCACCUAGACGCUGAGGUUCACCCGUGUGUCACAAAAUAUGAGGCUGUGCAAGUUCCAGAACUGAAUCUGCUGUUGAACAGUGCUAGCAGUUCUGAGUCAUCAAGUGACAUAGACCUCCAUGUGAGUGGAAGUGUAGCAGACAUUUCUCAAACAUCAGACAGACUUUUACAAGGCUUCCUGUAUGGGUCACCUAAGAGGCUGCAUGAGUAUCUCAUGGAUAUUUUGUCCUGCCCGAACAACUUUGGAAUCUUUUCAUCAAAAAAUUUGAAACCUGAGUGUGAAAAGGGCAUUUGGCAUUACCGGCCAGGCAAAGAAUACAUCAUCUUAAAGAAACUUCAUGGACCUGAGAGCCACACCACAGGCGUUUACCUCUGUCAAGACAAACACACAAAAGCCACUUUUAUUAUGAAGAGGAUCUCUAAAUCCCAGAGAAGAUUGAUUGGAAUUGAAUUCCUCUGCCAGCACACACACGACUUCCUUCCUGAAGUGUAUGGAGUGUAUAAAGAGGAGGAUACCAUCUGUAUUUUCCUUGAAUAUAUACAAGGUGGAGCCCUUGAGAACAGAGAGUGGAACAUUAUUAACAUAAAAGAGUUCGCAAUAAAAGGCUUAUGUGUCAUUCAGUAUCUUCAUAGCUUUGAUCUGGUUCAUGGAGAUAUUAAAGUGGCUAAUCUGAUGUUGCGCAACAAUACAGAACCAAACUCUCUUGUGUUUGUUGACUUUGAGUCUGCAAAACAUCCCCAGUACAUCUUACACAGAGGAGGUCAUACUUUGCAAUACCUGCCACAGUGGUACAAGGAGAUUCAGAAGCACGACAAGUUUCACCCUGUGAUGAAGACAGCUGACCUGUGGGCAUUCGCAUGUAUUCUGAUCAGCCUCAUUCAGCCUAAUAUUACAAAUGAUCCAGAAGCUCAUCAUAGGCUGCACGGACCCUGGAGUAAAGAGCUUGCAUUUAUUAAACAGAAAUGUAAAGAAUGUAGACAGCAGAGUAGGAUUUGUGCAACGUGCCACAACCAAUUUCUUUUGAUGUUGGAAAAUAAAGGAAAAGACAUCUUAGCAAUCCAUCUGAAGCAUUUGAUGACUAUGAGUAUCAAUGAUCCUGACUGGUGCCGCCUGAGGAAACUAUUGGAAUAUCUUACUGAUGUUAAUGAUGUGGCAAAUAUGACAGCCGAGGAAGCUCUCCGUAUCGUUGAAGAUCUGCAUAUUAACAAUGGAAGCUGCUCUUCAUAGCCAUGCUGUUGACUGGCUUGUUGAGUCUUCAGUGGCAUCAUUCAGAGGAAUAACGAUCACUUGGUUGUUCUGUAUAGACACUUCAGCAGUGCCUUCACUAAUACUUCCGGAAUUGAAUCACACCAUUCAAACUAAAUGGCAAAAGACAUGAUUUGGUGCCAAAUGUUAUCCUUUUGGUGUAGAGUUAAUAACUUGAUGCUGCUAUGCCUGCUGGCUGAAUGAUUUUUGUAAUUACACUAACAUAUCACAUGCGGAUAAUCAUGUCGAUGGUGAGUUCAUGCUCUAUGUUGAGCUUGUGCUGUAAAAGAAAAGAUCUAAAUUGUUAUAUUUUAUGCAUGGACCUCUCUGGAUCCAGUUUUUAAAUAUAACCUUGUUGUAAAGUUGAAAUCAGAUAUUUAAGUGUUUUGGGUUCCAUCAUCAUUUCCUCUGACAUGUCAAACUGAAGACAAGAAUAAGACAAUAAUAAAGUUCUUUAUAGCAUUUA